AAUAAAUGCAGAAAGGAACACAUACAUAAAUACAGUCACGCAAAAGAAAUAGUAGUUACAAAAUUGUGCAAAAUACGCCACAUGCUGAUAAUUUACGAUAAUGUAGCGUCCUUCAGAAAACCCAAGGUUUCCAGUAGGGUGAAAACAGGAGUGAACCAUCUUUAGCUACACAUGCUAAAGUCUACUUGUGUACAUUUUAGUGGAUGUGGACCUACACGGACUGACAGCAGCUGCUCUAAAGUUAGUGCUCUGUUGGUGUUUACUUACAGAAAUCAGUGAAUUGCUCAUUUUCUCCGUGGUGCAACACCAGACUACAUGUCAAUGCUGAAAGAGAAUUCAAUGUAACACAGUCCUGCACUUUCAGCAGCAGCAGCAGCUGUGGCAGAAACAUGGCCUCAUCUUCCCUGGGCAGUAGGCUGGUGGCGUGUCUUCUCAACGUUUCCGAGGCUCACAGGAAAGACCUGGUGGAGACUGUGGCCAAGGCAGCCUUAUACAACGCUGAAGGUGUUAGACGCGAGGGGACCACAGUGCUGAACAUCUUCAAUGACCACGACUACAACCGUUCUGUCAUCACCAUUGUGGCCAGUAUCGACUCCAUCAGGGAGGCAGUUCUGUCUGCAUGCGAGAAAGCCUGCGGGCUGAUCGACAUGCGCGCUCACAGCGGGGUGCACCCAUGUAUGGGUGCUGUCGACCUCAUACCCAUCUACCCCCUGGGGGAGGACGUGGGGGUGGAGGACUGCGCUACAGAGGCUAGGGCUGUGGCUGAGGGACUCACAGAGCGGGUCCAGGGCACCAGUGCUUUCCUGUUUGGCUGGGCGGACUCCCCCCUUCAGCGGGGGCUGGCACAGAGGAGGAAAGAGAUGGGCUGGUUCAAAAAGACGCCAGACAUGCAGGCAAUCAGGCCCGACAUGGGGCCGCAGCCACAGAAACGAUUCGGUCUCACAGGUGUUGGGGCCAGUCCAUACGUCAUGAACUGCAACGUUACUAUCGACACCCAGGAUGUGGCCAUGGGACGCAGCAUCGCCGCGGCCAUCAGGGAGUCGGCCCCGGGGGGGCUGCCUGGGGUGCAGGUGCUUGCUUUGCCACAUCAGGGCGCCGUGGAAAUCGCCUGUAAUGUGGAAAGCGUGAAGGGGAGCCCAACUGGCGACACGAGUGCAGGCGAACCAUGGCCGUGUUUCAGCAUCGGCGGCCAGCCGUACCGUCAUGCGCCAGCUUCCCUGAUCACAGCGAGGGUGGCGGAGCUGGCAGGGAGGCACGGGGUCGGCGCCGUGGGCACGGCGCUGGUGGGGUUCACCCCCUGUGAGUGCAGGGGCCUGGCAGAGUUAGCACUGUCCCAAGGGAUUGCCGAGUUCUGGAAGGAGCAGGGCAGGAUACGUAUGUGAAAAUAGAAUCCUUGCCAAAACCAGUGAAAACUCACGCAAAAUUAGGGAUGGGCAAAAAGAUCUUACCAUGAUUUUUUUCA